AUGACCACUCAAGCUCAAGUUAUCCCCAAGUUCGGUGAACAAACGAAAGCCUUCAGUAUCAAUGAGCUUAAACGGUUUAUUGUCGCUGCAAAGAGUAUGAAUGAUCUCGAUCAAGCCAAGAGGUAUCUUUGCAGUUAUUUCAUUCUCUGUGCAGAUCCUCAUGGGGUUUUCUGGUGGGACCCGGAUAGUAAAAGUUUGAAACACGUUAUUGACAAAAAUAUUGGUAAACUUAUCCGUCCAAUAAAAAAGAAAUUCUACACACAACCUGAACAAGGACCCUCUCAAAAGACCGAGUUCAACAUCUACAAGUGGUUUAUGGUCGAGAAUACCGAUGAUAUCUGGUGUUCAGGUGAUUGGAAUCUCACUGAGUAUAUCAUCAAGUGGUUAGCCGGUGUAUCUGCUGAAAGGAAGAUGUACUCGAUCCUUUACCUGAAAUCUGGACAGGGUUGGGGCAAAGGAAUUAUAACAGAUUUCAUUCAGCGAAGCGUCCUAGGCACUCAACUCGUUUAUAAGACCAGCGAUCCUCAAACGAUUCUUGGAAGUUUCAAUGGGCAAUUACAGGACAUUAUUAAAAAAAUGGCGAGUGAAGCUAUUCCAAAAAAAACAGGAAUUCAAUGGUUAGCCAGUUGGAGUUCUCACCUUGAAAUUUAUCUUAAUAAUUAUCAAUGUUCAGGGAUUUGGUAUCAAGACUUUCUUUCUAUAACUAAUUUAAAUGAUUCUCCAACUCAAAGGCUUAUUGCAUACUUACUUUUACAAAAUGUAAUCAAACUCACUUUUAGUAAGAAAACAACACCAAAUAGUAUACACACUCAUUUUUCGGCUGAUUCUUAUCUGGAACCUGAAAAAAUUCUUGUUUUAGAACCAGCUGAAGCAUUAAAGUUUUCUUACAUCAUUGGAUGGGUUAUAUAUAAAUUAACAAAAAGUGAUAAAAUAACAAGAUCACAUCCCAAAUUUGAUAUCAUUCGUGCUCACCUCAUGAUUCUAAGCUCAGAACAAGUUGUCUAUGAAAAAGAUGUUCGAUCACAGACGACAAAUGUAGUUCCAGGCCAAGAUUUUUUAAAAUUCAUGUACAAAAUGGAGUCAUUAAUAAUAUUGUUAUUUGAAAAGCACAAAGAACUUGGUCCCAAUAUUCUGCAUUAUAUAAAUAAUAGUUUAAUGUGCAACUCACUAUUGUUAGGAGCUUUUAACGCACUUCUUAAUAUUUCCAGUCAAAUGCUCUCUAUACAUGAACCUGAAAAACAGGAAUUAAAAGAUGAUGCUAAAAAUUUUCUUUACGAACGAAUUAUUUCUAUCUAUAUGAAGAGUAGGCAAAAGUCUUGGCGAAAAUUCAAUGAUCUCAUUCCUGAGAAAGGCACCUCAAGUCUUAGAGAAAACCUGAAAGCCAUGCGAAAUGAUAUUCAAAAUUCAUCCAAAACCUCCAAAACUAAAAAUACACAUACAUUGAUGAAAAAAUCUAAUGUUCCAAAGGAUCCUAUUCUUGCAUUAGUACAGCUUCAAAUCUGGGUAAAAUUGGAUGGCGCUGAAGAAGAAUUUUCAAAAAUGUUUUUAGUAAGUGAGUUACAGUGGUUACUUUAGGCCUUUGGGGACAAAGCAAGGUACAAGAAAAAAAAAAGUUUAAUACCUUUAAUUUUGGAUCACCUUAAAAAAGAAACUCCCUUCUCCAAUGAAGCCAUAUCAAAAGGACAAAUUUUUGUAGAAUAGUAAUAUAGCGAAGCCAAAAUUUACAGAAUAAAGUACUUGUUAAAGCCAAA